AUGGCUAGCCUUCGGGAAAGAUUACGCAGACGCACCACGACUCGCCCCGAAGUCGACGUAGAAGAUUCGGGAUGCUUGACAGAUCCUCCAAUGCCUUCGCCAACUAAGGAUCGACAUGUUAUAGCAGAGAAAUUGAGGGCCAAGCAAUACUCUCUGCGACGGCGUUUCGUGCUGGGUCUCGAUCGUAAAAAGUCUCUCCCAAUAUUGCAGCAGCAUAUAGAGCACAGUCAAGUCUGCGAGGAAAACCAGGAUCCGCAGCCAUCCUUGAUUCGAAAGAGCAUCAACUCCUUUUCGUCGUCUCUAAGAGACAGGUUUUCCUCGGAUACCUCUACUGGCAGCGAUGAUCAGGGCCGCCGCCCGUCUGUCAUACGGAAGAGCAUCAGUUCUAUAUCGUCGUCACUCAGGGGUAUUCGCUCUUCUAUAAGCUCUCAACUAUCACAAGAUGGAUCAACCGAGUAUCAAACUAGCCCGGAAAAUACGGGCACGUUGAUCAACUUUCCAGGUAUCCCAAAAGGUAUCCCAAGGCGCAAUAGCUUGGGCCAUAUAUCCAGCACAUCAUCCGGCCGGGAUUCUGUUCCUCGACUUCCUGAUCUAGACACGAUGGUUGCGAACAUUAAAGUAGGGGAAAAGUUGCAUGUGGAUCGAUCACCAAAAGCUGUGGCGGGACAGGGAGAGCCGAUAGUUAGGCAACCUUCUCCCAUUCCAGAACGCUUUUUUGUCCGAAUUAAGCGUCCUGAUCCAGCAGUUGCCGAGCGAAGGGCAGGACCAAGAGCCAGCCAAGAGGAUCUUCCGACCGCCGCGAGCGAUGGAGGUUCUGUAGAUUAUCCAGUGAAAGAUAGUGUCAAUUUGGACGGGACACCUAAGAACUGGAAAGUUCCUAUGCACCGGAUUGAUCACAUACUAGAGACCUCAGUAAUCAUGCGAGGGCAAGGGUACCAACCGUACAAGCCGAUCCCUGACUAUGAGAUCAGGGAAAGGCUUCGACGUAUAGAGUCCAGGGUAUACGUUUUUAUCCCCGAUAAAAGCGACAACAGCAAGCCCUGGCCAAGAAAGCGUUAUCCUGAUCUUGAGACUGCUCUCAAAGAUUUGUGUACCCGAUUCAAGCCGUACUACUCCAGCUUUGCAGCGUUUGCCCCCGAGGUUCGCGCUAUCCAACUAUUCUCGCCCAACUUCAGACCGCCGGAGAGUAGGUACGUCGGGUCGCCGAUGGAUGGACGGAGCGAAGAAGAGGAAGAGAUGACAGAGUCUACGACUCCGCAGACGGGCUCCAGCAUAGCCACAGAAUCAGAGAUAUACACGAUACAAGAAUACAAACGACCUUACGUAUAUGAUGCUGAUAAGGCGUCCCUGGAUGAUGACAACAUACGGGAUCCUGGGAUAUCGGCUCUUGCUAAGCACAAGCUGGGAAGUUCGGAGGAGUCGUUGCUGACGGACGAUUAUGAUAUGGCUAUAGCAUCAAAAAUGGGAUUCUACCCUUGA